GAAGCGCGCUGUCACUUUACCUUGAGCGGCUAAAAUAAGUGGGAAGGAGCGCGCAGUGUCUAGCCAUCAGUAUCCAACCCCUUUUGACCCCAUAAACCUGUGUUCCACAACCACCACUUCCCGACCGACCAUGGCGGGAAAAAGGAACGCAAUCGGCACCGAGAAAGAUUGGACUCGAUCGAGGAAGCAAAGGACGGGAGGAGAAGAUGAAUCUAUCGAAAAACAGGUUACUCGAAAACUCUUAUCUUCUUUAAAAGUCGAUGCCGGCAUGUGGGUAGAUUUAGAGUCAUUAGCCGCUGAAGGCGUUGACGUUAGGGACUGUGUCGAUAGCUGUAAUUUGAGGGAUAUUGUUACCUGUAAGGAGUUAUGUUACGAUGAUUUAGUCAAAGAGUUUUACUCCAACUGUCGCAGUAUUAAGAGAAAAGGCAAAGUUGCGGUUGUUGCUACGGUGAAAAAUGUGGAGGUUAUUGUCUCUGCUGAUGUUUUGAAGGCCGUUUUUAAUUUAGUUGAUGAGGGUUGGUUUGUAGAAAAUCCUAGUUCCAAGGCCAUAUCUGUCCAAGGUUAUAAUGACAUUGAAUUUUGUGGAGAGAUUUUGCAAAAUGGCUGUGAUGGACGUUCAAUCAAGAGUCUUGCAACUAACAUGAAAGUUAGGCCCAGGAUUCUGCAUUUGAUCAUUGUGCAUAUCCUGGUGCCUAAAGGAGGUAGUCAGAGUGAAGCUAGUCUGUUUGAGAGAAUUCUAUUAUGGCAUAUCAUGAAUGGGAAGCGCGUGAAUUUCGGAAAAUUGAUUAUUCACACCGUUUUGAAUAAGAUUGAAAAGGUUGAUAAGAUUAAAAGUAAAAAACCGCAUCUUCCAUUUGGUGGAUUAUUGACAAAAAUCUUUAAGUAUCAUAAGGUUCCCAUAGAUGAAUCUGACAGGGGAUUUCCUGGCAGUGUUUUGGGGCCUGCAUAUUUGAGCAAUAUUGCUGUUGAGAUUCAAGGAGUUUGGAUUUUGAAGAAAUUUCGUCCUAUUGAGGAGGAAAUUACAACACAGAGUGAGGAUGUAGAUGAGGAGGAAGAUGAGGAUUUUGCAGUUGAGGAGUCAUCAAGUUGGGACGCUGUUUCCGUUUCUAAAGAAUUGCUCGAGUCCAUAUACUUCAAAACCUUAAAUACUUGGGCUGUUAUUGAUGAUGCUCCUGAGCUUCCUCAUGCGGUGAAUUCACAGCUUACUGGACUUACUGAACUAGAGAGACGUCAAUGGCUUGAGAACCUUGAUUUUAUGUCAUUACAUAUACGCUCUCAUAUGAUGAAGCUAUCUCAAUCGCAUGUACAUAAUCCCAACAUUCACAGCCAUCUCCACUCGAGUUGUGCCCGAGUUUCUGCAUCAUCCAGAACCAGGAGGUCUGCAAGAGAAUGAAACAAGAAUCCCAUUGCCCGUGCCUUUACUGCAUUCCAGCAUCCGGUUGUAUCAGGAGUGAUAUUAGAGGGAUCCAUUCAGACAUCUGGAGUUAAAGGAUGGUGGUGAUUGUACACAAAAUUCUACAAUUCAAAAUGCAGUAGAAUGGUUUUCCCUGGAGCAUCCGAGACCUUGAGUAUGGUUUUGUUAUUCUUUAUUCUUUCUCAUUCUUGAUUACCAUGUACAUCACAUGAUUCAGAGAGAACUUUUCUUCUCAAUGGUCGGGGCAUAAACGAAGGGCAUUAAGGCCUUGUGAUGUAUAGGAUAUUAGGAUUCACUGUUUCUUGCCUUAUUGUUCUGAUACCAUUCAUGAUGAUCUUUCUGAAAUUUCUCUUCUAUCAUGAAGGCUACUGGGUUGCAAAGCUUACCUGUGGGAUGGUUUUUACGCUCGGGUCAUUAGAUGAGAAUCCAAAGAUGAAGAGUAGACAAAAAAAAAAGAAAAAAAAAUCACUUGUGUAGACGACUUUAUUUGACUGUAUUCAAGAUUUUCUAUUUUUAUUUCAUUUUUUUUGGAAAAAAAGAGAACAGAUCUCCAAUUUCUGCUGCAUAUACUAUCUAGAAAUCAAAAGAAUUUCGUUCUUCUUAAUUGCAUGCUUGUACAGUGGGAAAGUUCCCAAUGAAUGUGUAUCAUUGAUCUUUUUCAUCCAUUAUGCAAAGCUGAAGUAACAUUGUGAGACUGAGCAUCCCUUUAAAGAUUCGAUGAGAGCUUUUUGUUAGUGCAUAUUGUAGAUAAGUCUAUACAUACCUCUGUAGUAGCAGUAUACUGUGAAGUAUGGAAAAUACACAAAGCACUUUGAUUUGCUUUUCUUCUUCUUCUUUUUGGUUUUUCCCUUUUCUCUUUUGUUUGUUUGUUUCUUUGUUGAGAUUCAAAUUCAAUUUGGUCGAUGUACUUUGUGUGCUAGGCAGUGAAAUUCAUUUGCCCUGUUUUUUUUUUUCUGCUUUCUUUCACUUUUAAUCGAGAAAACAGGGAAAUAUUGAGGCAAUGCUAUUGAGAACUGGAGAUCCUUCAGAAAGGUGUAAUUCAACCCUUCUUCAUCCUUUAGAGCCGGGCUUCUUUCAAUUAAAUCUUUUAUUCAGCAGCAUGUCUCAAACCCGAACUACCAACACAUCUUUCACUUGACUUUGGUUAUGGUCAUAAAGCGAAUAAAUUCUUUGCGGGGAAGAUUGAGAGCAUUAAUCAUGCUAAAUGCUCCUCAGUUCUAAUGCGGCCGAAUCGCGGCCAGAUUCUGCCGAGUUCUCAAAACACAGUAUUAGGUGUCUCAACUCCCAAGCGCAACCCAUAAAACACCAAGCAAAACAAGCAUCCAAAUAUCAUUGCCAGAAUUUUGUCCAAAAACAGUCUACGAAAUUUGUCGAACAAAGGUAAUUUAGAAUAGCUCACAAACUUCUAGUUGAUUUUUUUUUCCUUUACCUCCUCUUUCCCAGUUUGCGUCAUGUACCAUGUCCUUAUCAUUCCAACUGAUAUAUUUGUCCCUUAACGACGGAUCUAAGCGGCUUUCAGAUGGAUACCAUCUCACCGAACUGAUAUAUCUGUUCUUGGUCAUUUCCAUUAGAUGCCAUCAUCACCCUUCUUUGAGACAAGUCUUUCUUUGCUUCCCUGUAAACUGAGGAGGAUUCUCGGAUGAGAAAACAUUGAGUUUAGCUGCUGUACCAUAUAAGAUUGUGCGGCCAAAUACAUACAUAAUGUUAAAUAAUACUAACUUUGGGAGGAAAGUAAUAAGUUCUAUUAGAGUUUAAGC